AGACUACAACUUUCAAACAGUUGACAUUCUCUUGUACGGAAGUUAGAAGGUGAAUGAAUAAAUUUAGCACCGGUUGUUCACAGAGGCAGUUUUGUUCCCCUCCCUCUGAUCAAGUUUCAGGAGUGAAACAGGCCGUUCACGUACGCUCUCUCGAGCAGACGAGAGUUGGAGCAGCAAAAGUUUGUAGCAGACGAUAUCGGGUCGCGUCUUUCAAGUGUGACUCAGGGAGGUUCAACGCUCGUCCUUUCAAGCGAGCUGUUGUGUAUUUUCUACCUGUGGCUGAUUGGCCGAUCAACGCUGAAGGUGGGUCGAAGCAGGCUGACCUGGAAAGCAGCUUACGCGGAGUUGUGGGAGCGAUAUAGUUAUGAAUACUUUGUGAACAGGCUGGGACGGUUAUGAAUACAUGCUUGUUCACCAUCUACUGUUGUUCGGCGAGGUAGGAAGGUCGCCUAACCCACCGCCUGUUGGGAAGGGACGACACACGACGAAAGUGUGUGAACGCAGGAAACAUUUGAGGAGUGUUGCAUUGCAACAGUAGGCGGCUGUGGGAUAGAUACAUCAUCUGCAUUUGCGAUCAAGACCUGCCACGAGUUGCAUGACAGCAAUAUUUCCGAGGGAAAACGCUAUUCCAACCUAGUUCCCAUGUUUGGAUAUUAACUACAGGUGCUAUCAGAGGCUACGUUUGUAGCAGACGACACGGGACGAUGAAACGAGAAGCCCACCUCUCGUGUCUUAUUGUUAUACUCGUUUUUGUAAUAGCUUGCUCGGAGGCUUUGACAUUCUAUGGAGGCAACACAACGUAUGCCAAAUUUCCCAAAUGGAAUGCUUGCAUCAACGCUUCUCUGAAAUUCGAGUUCAAGUCCACAAGGGGCGAUGGUCUGUUGAUGUACACAGACGAUAACGGACGAUAUGACUUCUUCCAACUUGCCUUGAAGGGGGGACAGGUAAGAUUAUGGAUGAACGUGGUGGACGAAAAGGAUGGUGUGGUUCAGUUGGUGGUGGGCAAGAACCUCAACGACGGCAGAUGGCACAGCGUAGAGGUGAAGAGGAACAGAAUGAACACCACCCUCUUUGUGGACAGCUACCAGAGUAGCAUGAUGUCCUUCGGGUCUGAUUUCCAGUUUGGAGAUAUUUACGAAAAUAAUUACGUCUUCUUUGGUGGCAUCCCUCCAGGAUAUGAGAAUAAUCUGAAAGGAUUAGCCCUGCCAUCGUCCAUGUUCGAAACGCGAUUCAGUGGAAUGAUUCGGAAUAUCCUUUACUUCAACUGCACAUGUAUACCCGUGCGUGCUGAGAUGCUGGAGAGCAGAGAUGUGUCUCGGAUACCCAAGGAAGCAUGUGAGAAGAGCAACAACUGUCCAAGUCACUGUGCGUGUAUCAGUUUAGAUGGAGGCCCUGGAUGUGAAUGUUUUGAAACUCGACAAUGUGCAGACCGUUUCAGACAAAUACCCGGCUGGGACCUUGGCCGUGGGGAGUUCACUACUCGUUACUAUCUCCCCAUGGACCAACUGAACGGCCGUGAUCUCUGGAACCCCUCCGGUCUGGACUCAAGAGUCUAUGGAGGCCCGGAUCUGAUCCAAGGUGCUAUCAAGAAGGCGAUCCGACUGAAUGGACGCACACAGUAUAUCCGAGUUACUGGCCCUGGUCACAAGCGCGAGUGCUUUGGCAACUUGAAGGAAUGCUUUACAGGGUACUAUCUUGGAAUGUGGCUUAAGUUCGAGGGCGUUGGCAACAGGCGUGGCGUGUACCUCUCCAACGGCGGCCACAGAACGGACGGCCACGGCAUCGCCAUGUACUACUCCAAGGGUAAGCUGGAGUACGUCUUCAAGAAGCCCGACGGCAACGAGUGGACAGUAAUGUACGACAACCUGCUAGAAGGACGCUGGUACCACGUGGCUGCGUCUUGGUCGGACUCUAUUGGACUUGUACUGCACAUCAACGGAGAGCAGGUCGCCCAUGAUACGAAGCCCACGCGAAGAUCUCCGGCCAGGUCGGAUUCCCGUUAUAACGACUUCGUCAUCGGUCGGGCUAACGACAGGACGGGGACGGAUCGAUUGGGUGUCAUGACAGUGGAUGAAGUGUUCUUUAUGUCGAUGUACAGGACCUUGAAAGAGAUUCGAGAAACCGGUCCAUUCUACAAAUACAAUCUCAACUUCGACAGACUACAGGGUGAUCGAAUUUCCACCCCUACGACUGAGGCGAUGGUGAGCGCGGGGGUGCGGCUGGUCCCUGGGAGGGUGGGGAGUGCUGUCAACCUGAGAGGUGGGUCUGAUUAUGUGGACCUGGGGGAUGUACACGGACUGUGCAUGGGGGACCUCUCUAACUGCCGCUAUGGGUUCUACGCGUCAAUGUGGGUUUCAUUCACUCGACUUGACAGCAACACACGUUAUCUGAUGUCGUCGCCAAAAGGUGUCAACGUCUUCUACACCGACAACCGCCUCCACGCCACCGCCUCCAUGUUCGACAGAUUCUGGGAGACGUACUACCAGGGCAUCACUGCAGGCGUCUGGUAUUUCCUGGAAGUCUCUUGGUCCAGAGAGAUGGGUAUCACCCUUUAUCUGAACGGAGUGCGGGUCGCUAGCCAACUCACUGAUAAACAUAAGAGCAUGCAGACCACCGACGACAAGAAGUUUUACCUGGGCCGGGCCAAUAACCCCGAGAGUUGGCAGCGGGCAGCUAAUGUUGCUAUUGACAACUUCGAGGCAUUCUAUGCUGACAGAGACAAGUUACUCGAUGUUGGCUUCAUUGAAAGAGUGCGCCCAGUUGUUUACAAGUUCCCAUUGGAAAAUAUUGACGGAAAUCGUAUCCGCCACCCGUCCAUGGUCGUACGAACCUAUGGGAAUCCGGAUCUUGUUCCUGGCAAGCUUGGCAACGCUAUUGAACUGGAUGGUCGGGCCCAGUACGUCGACUUCGGCGACCACGCCAACACGUGCUUCGGCAACUUGGACAACUGUAUCCACGGCGCCACCAUCGCCUUGUGGAUGAAGCCCGAGAAGUUCCAGAGGGACGCCUACUACUUCUCCACCGGCGGGAACGGCAUUACCAUGUGGUACAAGAACAAACGCCUCUACGUCUCCGCAAUGACCUCCACGAACACCUGGGAGUUGUCGACAGAUGCUGUGGAUCCCAAGAUGUGGAACCAUCUCGAGGUGUCCUGGUCUGAACAGAAUGGACUCCGCCUGUUCUCGGACAACCAAUUGGUGGCUUCCUCUGACCAGCGGAAGCCAAGGUCAUCCGCCAGUGGAAGUGACAGUGGCCGUGUGUACCUCGGGAGGGGUAACAUAGACAUGAGCUCGGCCAAAUACGGUGCGGGGCAAUUUGAUGAAAUGGAAUACUGGUACUCCGAUAGGGACUACCUGUCUGCCUUUGGCUACAUCCACCGAGGUAAACCAAAGAAUUACAUUAUCGAUAUGGAAGAAAUCCAAGGUAAUCGUCUUGUCCACGCCUCUCUGCCAAUCCGUGUUGUCGGUAACGCCCGUCUCAUCCCCGGUAAAGUCGGCAACGCCCUGGAACUCCGUGGUGGCAGCCAGUUCCUGGAUGUAGGAGACCAAUCUGACGAGUGUAUGGGGAACCUUAAGAAGUGUCUUCAGGGAAUCACGGUAUCAGCCUGGAUCCGGUUCAAUAGAUUCGAGAACAACAUGGUUUUCCUGUCUACUGGUCGUCACGGCCUCGUUCUGGUUUCCCGUAAUGGCUACCUGUACGCCAGCGCCAAAGGUGGUUCGGAAGUAUCAAUCCCUUACCCCCAAAAGGGCCGAUGGUACUACACCGAGAUCUCCUGGUCACCUGACCACGGCCUGGAGUUCUACCUCGACAAUAAACUAGUCGCCAGUGACCCGGAUGCAAAGCUUGAAGACAUUAACAUUCGUUACCCCGGAAGUUUCUUCGUUGGCCGUGGUAACCAUGGUGAUACACCAAGCGGAGGAACUACUACUGGCGGGAAUUUUGAUAUUGACGAGCUUGAAGUAUUAUAUGGCCGCCGAGAUGACCUAUUAGCAAUGGGUUACAUCGACAGACCGGAUUUCUAUGGCUAUGAGGCUUUCUUCAUGGAUGAGGCAAAUGGACCACUCGUGGUUCAUCCCAAAUAUAUUGUAACUCUAGUCAAUGGCGCUCGUCUUCAAAGAGGAAAGAUCGGUAAUGCUGCCUCCCUGAUGAGAGGGGGGCAGUACGUGGACCUGGGACCCCACAAGGACAAGUGCAUGGGUAACCUUGUCCUCUGCAAGCACGGGAUGACAAUGACCUUCUGGAUUAGGCCAAGGAAUCUGCGCGAGGGGGACGUGUUCCUGUCAAGCCCAACAUACUCCGUGUACUACCACAACAGAGAACUGGUCAGCAAGUUCAUGACUCCCGAGAAAUCUUGGACCGUAUCCACUCCUGGUCUGGCGAGGAACAGGUGGCAGAGAGUUACCCUUUCCUGGCAUCCCGUUAAGGGUCUGAAGAUGUUCCUGGACGACAAGGAGGUGGACAGCGCUGUUGGAGUUGAGGAGGCUCAGGGAGAUGCUCCAGUUGGCACCAACAUCUUCAUUGGCAAGGCUCUGGAUGAUAAAAACCCAACAAACACUGCAGAUAUCAUGAUGGAUGAACUCCAGAUAUGGGAUGAUGACAUUGAUCAACUUAGGAAUUCGGGGUUGUAUGGAGUUGCUCCUAAGGAAACACGUAUUGACCUGUCCCAGUACAGAGGCGGAUACAUAUAUCUAGACGGACGUACCAUCCGAGGAUACGGCGGAAUCCAAACUGUUGAUGGUCGUGGUGCUCCUUCUCUGAGGUUAAAUGGCAACCAACAGUACCUGGAUCUUGGUUCCAACUUCACAUGUGCGGGUGACUUGGAGACCUGCAGACAGGGUGCUACAAUUCGGUUUGCAGUACGACCCAACCGUCUAAGGAAUGGAAUGUACUUCAUCGAUAGUUUCCCUGUGACUGUGUAUUACCGGGACGGUCGUUUAAACGCAGAAAUGCAGACACCGGACAGAAAAUGGGAAGUAUCUGCAGAAGGCUUCGACCAAGGGAAGUGGCAGGAGGUUGAUCUGUCUUGGCAUCCAACGUAUGGUCUAACGAUGUACCUUAACGGACAGAGGGUUGCUUCUCAGAGAGUCCCGACCUUCAGAGCACCUGUGACUAACCGCGAACACAGGACUUUCUUUGGGGGCCCGCUCGUGCCAGGUCAAGACAGGACCUACGUGAACGCUGUCCUGGAGGAUCUGGAGGUGUGGAACUCUAGGAGGGAGACUAUCCCCGUCUAUGUUGCUCCUGUCAGACCGACGCGUGCACCAGUCACCCAGAGGCCAACUUUGCCACCCCGGCGGACUUUGCCACCCCGACGCACCCUGCCACCCCGUAGAACCCCUUCGCCACGUUUUCCCAGACUACCGAAAAUGGAAAUAACCAUCACCGCUGUAGCUCCCCAGAGACCUCGCGUAAGAGGAACCACAGGGGCGAGAAGCGAUGGGACAACCACUAUCAUCAGACUGACAGGUCUCGGCUAUGUCACGUACAGCUUUGCCAAACUCCCAAAUGAGUUCAUCCGGCAGGUUGACGAGGAGGAGAUCAACUUCUGGUUCCUCACAGACCAAGAAGAUGGCCUGAUCUGGCUCCAGGAUGACCCGGGACGCGUCAUGUAUAUGAGCAUGAAGGAUGGCUACCUCCGAUACGUGAACGAUCAGGACCCGUAUGGUCCACAGGAAGUGAUGAUCAGACCCCAGAAUGGCGUCCGCUUCAAUGAUUGGUCAUGGCACUUUGUCAAUAUUUCCAGAAAAGGCAGAGACAUUGAAAUCAAGGUUGACAAUAAUCACAGAGCUCGUUACACGCUCCCUCAAUCCAGUCGGAAUCUUCAAUUCCUGACUAAGGCGGAUGUCUACCUUGGUGGUCACCCAGAUCCUACUGACAUCACCAGUGGCCUGGUAGAAAGGGGACUUAACGGCGGAAUAGCAGAGGUCAUCUACCACACGAAAACUCCUGACGAACUCGUCUACGUGAAUCUCAUCUCACAAGGACGACCGAGCAUCCACGGAGCCGGAGUCACCUUUGUGAACGGUACGGUUGGUCCUGGCAGGGUAAGGCCAAGCCGACCCCCACCGACCCUCCCACCACGCACUCCGAGACCCCAAGUCACCCCUCGACCAAGACCCGUCGGACCAGGGCCAAUCACGUUCAGGUCAUCCAGCGUCCAUCUCGAACUGCCCAAAGUCCAGCUCAACAGUGGAACAAUCAUGUCCUACAAAUUCCAGACUAUCAAAGAAAGAGGCCUGAUGUUGUACACCUACGGGAGUCAGCGGAGACCUGAUGCCUUCUUCGCCGUUGAAAUGUAUGACGGCAAGCUUUACUUCGUAUACAACUUCGGUGAAUUCGCGCAUCGGAUACAGUUUUCUGAACGCGACGUAUCAGAUGGUCAACAACACACGGUUGAAGUCCGCUUUUACAACGACUACAUCAUCUUGAUGCUGGACGGAAAACAGAAGAGGAUCGACCUGAACAGCCGAGAGGGACUUCCCAUCGCCUUCCAGCGUGCUCUGUAUCUCGGGGGGUACACAACGUACAGCAACAACCUCGCCGAAAGCAGUCGUCUCCCUUGGCACAUUUGGUCACGGGAUGGCUACCAAGGAUGUUUGGAGGAUUUCCAGAUCGAUCGCAAGAGAGUAGAUCUCCACCAAAACGUCAUAUCCCAGUACCUGUUCGGCAACGUCGACCGCCAGUGUCUUGCGAUGCCCCGAAUGUGUCAGCUGAGUCAGUUGCCCUGUGUGCAUGGAGUGUGCAGGGACACCUGGGACGGCUAUGUAUGCGACUGCUCCAACACAGCCUACACCGGCAAGAACUGUGACAGAGCUGCCCUGGUCGGGUCAUUGAACGGUCAGCAGUUCGGCCACCUGCCAGUUCUCUCACUGGGCACCCACACCAAUGACCUGUCCCUCCGCUUCAAGACCCCUCUCAGCAACGCCUUCCUAUUCCAGACCUAUACAGGAGAGUCGGACGAGUACCUCCGGGGAAUAUUAGAAGAUGGGCGUAUCAAGGUCACUACAAACCUCGGGGGUGUAGUGAAGACAUACUACGCUGGUGAAGGUCUGAAUGACCUCGAUUGGCACAACCUGUACAUUCGUCGCCGUGGAAACCAGAUAGAACUGUGGGUGGAUGAUUUCCCAUCUCAACUUGGUAAUCUCAAUGGCGAGAAUUUCUUCUUCGAUAUUGAGCGUAUAUAUCUGGGAAGCCUGAAGGGUUCUGACGUCAAUGUCAAGAAUUUCCAGAACUAUAUCGGAUAUAUGCAGAAUUUCCGCAUCAAUGAAAUAGACGUUCUGAAUGAGCUUCAGAGGAUGGGAGCCGGCACUGUGAACUUCACCAUCUCCACCAUCCCACAACUUCCUCCCCUCAUCUACCACCCUGUUACCAUCACAUCUCGCAACACGUACGUCCAGCUCGAGACUCUACGAGUUCCCCCGAGAAUGGUGCUCUCCUUUAUGUUCAAGACCCAAGAGUCGAGCGGAGUAAUUUUAUUCAAUGGCGGAGUUAACAGAGAAUUCAUCGCACUGGAGCUUUAUAACGGAUAUCUCCAUUUCUCCUUCAACACAAGCGAUAGCGCCCCGGCCUUAAGGAUAAGCACUCCCCAGUCUCUUAACGAUAAUAAAUGGCAUCAAGUCAUUCUUCGACGCAAUGAAGACGGUAAGAGUUUUACCGUAUCAGUGGAUGAGUACACGUCAACGCUUGAGAGUGAGACAACGGACGGGCGACUUGAUCUACAGGGCCCUCUCUACAUCGGCGGUUUGCCAAAGAGUAUGUUCUCACAGGAAUACGUAAAGAAGGCACUCCUUUCCAAGAGUGGGUUUCAGGGAUGUCUGGCUUCCAUUGACAUGAGUGGUGCUGUUCCCGACCUUCUGAAGUAUUCUAGGGGGAACCCCAACGUCAUAUCAGGCUGUACUGAUGUUAUAAAUGAAGUUUGUCUUGUCGACUCUUGUAAGAACUUUGGUACCUGUGUGCCGACUGGUGACCGUUAUUUCUGCGACUGCAACAUGACGUCUUACAUUGGAACUAUCUGUACAGAAGAGGCCACUGGAUUCCGAUUCAUGGAACAAAACAAAGUUGGUAUUCUGGUGUACACCUACCCUCCGUUAGAGCGCCCCAGCACAAUGCACGACGACAUAGCGCUCGGUUUCAUGACGUAUGAGAAGGAUGGUGUCCUUAUGCGAGUGAAGAGUCAGUACCUGGAUGAUUUUAUUGAGCUGCGAUUGGACGAUGGGUACGUUGUGGCCGACUACUUAACAGACAUUAACGGAAAUCCUCAGCGAAUUGUUCAAUCAACCAAGAGGGUCAAUGACGGGAAGUAUCACCAGGUUCGCUUCUUCAGAAACAGCAACAACGCUACCUUGUUCGUUGACACUUUGCCUGGAAAGAUCCUCCUGCAUCCAACUCGACAUGGCCUAUUCGAUAGACAAGGGACCAUCUAUGUUGGCGGUUUUCAGGAGAAAGGGAUAACCCAGGGGGCAUUCAAUGGCAUCAUCGCUGGUGUCCAUAUCAAUGGCUUGCACGUUUUGGAUAAAGCUGUAAAUAAGCAGAGCACCCUCUGGUCUGGAGAUGUUGUUGAAGCACCAAAGCCAUUUACGUUGACUUUCACUGCCACACCAAAACCCCCCACCUGGGUCACGCCUUUGAACCCCGUAAUUCCACCAGGUGGAGGAGUGACACCCAGUCCGCCAGUAACGGGCGUGGUUGUACCACCUGGCACUGGAGGUGGUGGUGCAGGGUGGAUUGGCGGCGGAGCAGGCGGAGCAGGCGGAGCAGGCGGUGCAGGCGGUGCAGGCGGCGGGGGCACGGGAGUCGGCAUUGGUGUUCUUCCAUCAGGAACAGGAGGGUCCGGAGUGAUGACAGGACCUCUCGCUCAGCCUGUGGCAGCGGCGGCAAUAGCUGCCCCUCCUGUUCUGGCCGCGGGAGGACCCAGGGCAGGAGUCGUUGUUGGAACAGUUCUUGGAAUCCUGGCUUUGAUGAGCAGUUUGAUGUGGGCUUUCUAUAGAUGCAAGCCGGGCUUCUGUGGUGGCUGUGCAGGGCCCGCUUCUGCUAGUCCGAUAACCAUAUCCCCACCAAGACCUGGAAACAACCUUGGCGUUGUCCAAGCCCUGAGCGGAUCAGGUGCUGGCGCAGGUGCAGGAGCAGGUGCUGGCGGUGGAGGGGUCAAGAUUGUCAAUGGUUCACCAUCCCAUGGAGGGGGUGGUGGUUCCAGUGCAGCCUUCUCUAACUAUUUCGCCUCUUCCUCCCAAUCAGGAGGAGGAGGAGGUGGAGGUGGAGGUGGAGGAAGCGCAGGUUACGAUUCCGCAACUCUUAGAGCCACUAAAACAUUCACAAGUUCAGGAACAACAAUUGGGACACCGAAACCUGCCAGAGCAAAUCUCGGAUCAACCAACUCAGCAGCCAGUGGCUAUGGAUACAAUCAAAACACAAUGGGUCGGUCUGUAGUAGAUGGCGCCACCAACGUUCAUGGAGGAACCUCAGUUUCAUCUUACAAUUAUGAAGGCACGGCUGAUUAUGACAUGGCACCCGGAAUAAGCGGAUCGGCAGCAAACUACCAAAGCAAUACCAUGGGCCAUGCUGGAUACUCCACCUCGACCAUGUCAUCCAAUUUUAACUACCAUGUACAAAAUGUAAGAACAGUAACUGGACAGCAACAAGCACUAGGAUACGGGUCAUCAAAUUUUGUUGCGGCACCUGGCGCCAUGGGGGAAGAAGUGAGGGUUGACUGUUGUCUUAUUACUGCUGAUGGGCGGAGUGUAGUCACAGGAUCCAGCUUGGGGCCACCUCAGGUCUGGGAUAUGCAGAGUGGUGAAUUACUUCGAAUAAUGAAAGGAGAUACUCUAGGCUCGACUAACUUACACUUGGCCUGCAACGACAAACUGCUGGUGGGGGCCGUGAACGCUGACUUAGAAAUCAACAACUUCUCCACAGGCAAGGGGGUCACGAAUAGGAUGCUACAGAUCUGGGACUUUAGUUCCGGUCGCCCUCUGGAGAUGGCGGAACACGAAUACUGCUCAGCGUUGUGCGUCAUGGGUGACGGAGACAAAGUUGUUUUCGGCCGCACAGACAAGUACGGUUCUGGAACAGAGGUGAUUCUCUGGGAUCUCAUGGGCAACCAACCCAUAAAACAUAUGAGAUAUGAUUGCCCAAUUGGAAAUAAUGACUUUGUCAAUUACCUAAACCUAUCUCAGAACAAUCGGUACGUGGUAGUAGGCUUUACCAAUACUUUCGACAAUUUCGCCGAAUAUGUUGUGUUUGAUAUGACAAUCACCAGCUAUAAUGUAAUGGAACCAAGCUGCCGCCGUCUCGACGCCAACCCUGACUGCACGGCUGUUUUGCCUCGUGACGAAGCUGUUACUGGAUUGCGUAAUGGUGACCUGGUUAUCUGGAGCUUGCGUACUGGUGAAGCCAGCCGUCAGUUGGUUUCCGGUGCAAGUGCGCAUGCUCACAGCCGUGAGGUGAAGGCCGUUGCAGUGUCUGAUGACAACAGGUACCUGGUGUCGGCUUCUGCUGAUGGCACGCUGAAGGUGUGGGAUAUGACAACCGAGAGACAGAUUCACACUCUGGCUGGACACUCUGAUGAGGUAUGGUGUGUAGCGAUCUCCCCCGACUCCGAGAUCGCCGUGUCCGGAUCACGUGAUGGAACCAUCCGUCUGUGGCGUCUCAAGAACGGAUCAGAAAUCUGCGCGUUCAGCGCCGGCGUGGACGUAUUCCACGUCACCAUGAGCCAUGACAAGAGUACUAUUGUUGCUCUGGGAGACAAAUAUGGCGCCAGGAAGUUGAUCAUGUUGCAGGUCGUGCGCAGCAAGAUUCGACGACAGCUGAGUUCUUAAGUACUUCUGUCUAGAAACCACGAGUUGCCUCCCUUAUCUCCUGUGGCUGCAGUAAUCUCACGUGCAAUGUAUUUAUUCAACAACCGUUAUGCUGCUUUUAAUGAUACCGUGUAAUGCGAUUUAAUGUAAAUUUAUUAUUACUACAUCUGGAAAGCCAAAAAUAUGUACGUAUUCCUAUAUCACCAGAUAUGAUACAACGAUCUCAUUAUAGUUCAUACCUUUGUAUAUGUAUAUAUUUUGAAAGGCAAUUUAAUUGUUUGUUUUUAAAAAACAACCUCUAAGCUAUUGAUUUGAAAUUCUAGGCUAAAAUUUUAACACUGAAUAGAGUAACGACGUUUCUGAACAUAGACAUGUUUUAUUUAGGUUUGGAUAUCGGUAAUAUGAAAUUUCAACUUUAGAUGGAAAAAAACUAGAACGUCUGUAGAUUAUUUAAAACAACGCUGCCCUACCCUUACUUUCAGUCCUAUUCGUUUACUUAUAUCUUUUAAGUGAAGUAUGUAUAACUAUACCUGGGUUCUGGGAUAUGUGCAUGCGUCUAUACGCACGUGCACUGAGCUCAAAGUGCAUUCUUGCCAUACGCCCUAUUCCAUAUUAUCUCGAUAAACAUUCAGAGUGAGAGAGGGAGCCGGAAGAAAUUAACAAGCAUAAUUGUGUCGAGUCAUUAAGUACCUACGCACGAUUCUCUUCAAACUGAAGAGAAAAUGGAAAAUACUCGUCAUGUAUAAUUGUCAUAAUAUACCAACGAUUCAUAAAAUUCUGAAGUCCAAAAAUCAAAGAUCAACGAUCAUGAAGUGAGUCACUUCCGGUUAAAGCGGAAGUAUGUAACCGGUAGUGCGUACUAUGAAUCUCUAAAAGAACUAUUUUGUGAUACGUUUACGUGUUUGAUGGUGCUACCGUUCAUGUAUCCUUCCAAUAGUGCCUAGAUAGUGCAUAACAAAUCACCACGAAGUCUUAUAACCCGACAGAUAGUUGUGAAACACUUAGUAAUGCUCUAUGUCUUGAAUGUAUUGUUCUGUAAGAUGCUGUUAAAUCUUUGAACUUUUUAUUUGUAUUUUCAUGCAGUUUAAUAUAUUCUUUUUACAUGUAUAUGUGUAUUUCUGAAGUACGCCUACCAUUAUUUGAAAUAUCUUGUGAUUGUAUGGCAUAACACAUUAGAAACAAAAAAGUUUGUAUGAUUAAAAUUAAGGCUUGUUUAUAUA